AUGGUUGAGAAGGGGUGUGAGAGAUGCAGGGAAUGGAAGGAGCACUACUACUGGGAGCACAUGGAUAUGAGCAAGAUCCGCUUCUUCAAGCUCAUGACUGGGGAUUUCUCCCGGGGCAUUAGGAUACCGGACAAGUUUGCAAAGAAUUUCAAGGGACAGAUCACAGAAGAGGUUCAGCUGAAAUCACCUAGUAGUGCUGAAACAUGGCACAUCGGUGUAGAGAAGCAUGGUGAUGAGCUGUUCUUCAUGUCAGGAUGGAAGGAUUUUGCCAAGGCUCAUGAGCUGCAGGAGAAUGAUCUCGUGCUCUUCACUUGCUGUGGAAACUCUUCCUUUGAGGUCCUAGUCUUCGAAGCGAGUGGCUGUGAGAAAGUGUCUUCCCUGUUUGGCAAUGGAAUUGGUCCUGAUAUGUGCAAACAAUUCAAUGAUAUAGUGGGUCAACAUGGUGAGCAUCACUCUGUGACUGUGAGCGAUUCUGAGGAUACCAUUGCGCCGUCGCAGCUGGUUGGAUCCCCUCACAACGCUUCUCCUUUGAAGGAACCCAGUGGGAAGGCUAGACCAAGUGAAUAUGAAUCACCAAACGCCAACAACUUUAUUGUCAAGCAUGUGGCAACUGGCGAAGAGGAUAGUGAUGAUGGAUAUGCUAACUCUAACUACUACUCGAAGUUUGCCAAUCGACUAAGAGAUGAGGAAAAGGAGGAAAUAAUAGAUUUGGCUUCCAUCCGACCAAACAAUCCUGUAUUUGUGACAGUUCUGAUGAAAAACCAUGUUCAGCGCAGAAACAACCAUCUGGUCAUCCCAAGUAAAUUUGCUGCUGAUCAUCUUGGGGAAAGAGCACAUGAUAUCAUACUUCGUAGGCCAAAUAGGAAAGAGAAAUGGCUUGUCAGCUACUAUUACUCAUGCCGCACCCGGUGUUUCCACAACUUACCGUUGUUUAAGUUUAUGAGCGAAAACAAGCUUCGUGAGGGUGACAUCUGCGUCUUUGAGCUGAUGAAAGGCAAAAGGAGAGUGACGAUGACUGUCCAUGCCAUCAGAAAGGCCAAUGACCGGUUUAUUCUGCUGUUCAAGUUCUAA